AUGUCUGAUCCCACGUGCUUCAAAUUUACCACGACUAAUAACAGUUUUACGUUAGACAAUGGGAAAGAUGCUCGUUCGUUGCUGCAAACAUUCGGACCAACGUACCAGGUUUUCGUUGCACCCUACGCCCCUGACGUUGUGAACGUGAAAUACAAGAAAGCGAGACCCUUGUUAAUAAAACAUCGACCGCACCCAAGUUUGUACUCCGAUGGAGCUGCUAAUGUGGCCGUGUCGAAUGGUCCCAAGAAAAACCCGACGACAGAGAAACGCGUACCGCAAAAAAAUAUCGAAAACGAGCCACAAGUAAAGCAGCAGCCGCAGCAAGAGCAACUCCAAAAAACAAAACAGGAUUUGAAAGAGCUACAGAACAAACCGCAAGCUCCGAAUCCUCCGGAAAAAAAGUCGAAUCGUGCUGCCGUGCCGGAGAAUACAAAGAAAGCGGUGCAUCAACAACUACAACAGCGAGAGCAGAACCAGGGGCCCAAUCCUACAAAAGCAUCCAAUGCUUCUCCGCAACAACCAUCCUCGACGCUAUUGAAGAGAAUUCAAAAGAAGGCAGCGACGACGAAGCGGACCAUUGCGUUCGAUCCUUUCCCGCCGGUUGGCAGCAAGGUGGCCAUUUCGUCCGUUUCGAAGAAAUGGCUGCACAUUCACGAGGUGUACGGUGGGAAUGAUGAUCCGUUCCUGAGUUACAUAACGCGUUGCAUGAAGCAUGCGGAUGAGAUAGAUGAGGAACUGCUGCAACCACCGCAAGAGGGUGACAUUGUGUUCGCUCCGUUUGACGGUUAUUUCUACCGUGCCGUCGUCACGAAGGUCGAAGGAUACAAUGGUACCGUGGUGUUCCCUGAUUUUGGAAACUUGGUAACCCUCCCUUGGCGCCAGAUGAAGGAAAUUCGCGACGCUUCUGUGAAGUAUGCCAACUGCCUAACGCAUGCCGUUGUUCUUCGUGAAGGAGCGCCGUUUACAAAGGCUGUGAAACAUUUCCUCAACGAGCUGGUCGAGGCGCACCAGUUUGAGUUAAUGCUUGUGGAGGACGGUCCCACGUCGGGUGUUAAAACGGUGGAGUUGCGUCACGUCGAGUCACAGUAUCUUUUGGGCGCCAAAGUGCGUUCCAUGACAACCCCACGGCAGUGAAAACGAUCAAGCUCGAGGCAACGGAUCAGUUUAAUCGGAACGAAUACUUAGGAGAGCCCGAACAUAACUAUGGAUGUUUGGUAAACUUCGAAGGCGCCUGGAUCCGGGCGGUCAAGCUAACUGCGGACUGUGAAAAUCAAUUCUUUUUGAUAGACCUGGGACUCUUCUCCCAGCUUGACAAAUCGUGCCCCAAGCGCCGAUACACCUCAGGGCUCACAAGGAAGCUUUUCUGUUCGGAAUAUCAUAUAGAAAAUACUGGAUUUCUUUAUGAAGGUUAAAGCAAAGGUGUACUUGGAUGAAGAAUCUGAACUAUUUCGUAUGAAAAUCAUUUCUAUCAUUAAUCGUUAAACGCAGAAAACAUAAAGCAUUUUAGUGACAUAGAUGAUGUG